GGUCCUUUGUAGGAAAUUUAACCGUUCAUCUCUCUCUCUCUCUCUCUCACCACCACUCUUUCUGAUUGACUUGACUCUGGUCUCUUUGUCUCCCUAACUCUAAGUUAUCUUCCGUCGAUGGAUUCCUUUGCUGGAUUCGGCAAUUCUUAUGAAUUCAGCAGCACUAGCUUCUUCUUCACCGCACCCACCGACUCAUCUAUUCUUUAUGCCCCCACCGCACCCGAUGCAUCGGCGCUACGACUUCUCUCCAACAGCCUCGAGUCCGUCUUUGACUCGCCGGAGUCUUUCUACAGCGACGCCAAGCUUGUCCUCUCCGGCGGACGGGAAGUAUCCUUCCACCGCGUUCUUCUCGCAGCGAGGAGCCCCUUCUUCAGAAACGCGCUGACCACCGCCGUCGUGAAGCUCGAGCUGAAGGAGAUCGCCAAGGAUCACGUCGUCGGCGUUGACUCGGUGGUCGCCGUUUUAGCGUACAUUUACAGCGGCAGAGUGAAGCCGCCGCCGAAAGGAGUCUCCGAAUGCGCAGACGAGAGUUGCUGCCACGUGUCCUGCCGGCCGGCGGUGGACUUCAUGGUGGAGGUUCUGUAUUUAGCUUCCGUCUUCGAGAUUCAUGAACUAGCUACGCUCUACCAGAGGCAUUUACUGGACGUUGUAGACAAAGUUGUUGUAAUAGAGGACACGUUGAUCGUACUCAAGCUUUCGAGUAUAUGUGGUGAAACUUGCAAGAAGCUAACAGAUAAAUGCUUAGAGAUUAUUGUCAAGUCUGAUGUCGACUUAGUUACUCUUGACAAGUCAUUGCCGCAACACAUCGUCAAAGAGAUAGUUAAACUCCGUAACGAUCUCGGCUUUGAGGUGCCUGAGCUAGAGAAACAUGUCUUGAAUAUAUACAAGGCGCUUGACUCUGAUGACGUCGAGCUUGUUAAAAUGCUUUUGACUGAAGGCCACACUAAUCUUGAUGAUGCCUGCGCUCUUCAUUUCGCUGUUAAGUAUUGCGAUGUCAAGACCGCGAAUGAUCUCCUUGACCUAGAGAUUGCCGAUGUCAACCUCAGGAAUCCAAGGGGGUACACGGUGCUUCAUGUUGCCGCCAUGCGCAAGGAGCCUGAUCUGAUACUAUCUCUAUUGACAAAAGGGUCACGUGCAUCGGAAACGUGUUUGGAAGGUAGAACGGCUCUCUUGAUUGCGAAGCAAGUCACUAUGGCGGCUGAAUAUAAUAAUCUUGCGGAGCAAUGCAAGCCUUCUCUGAAAGGUAGGAUAUGCGUAGAGAUACUAGAGCAAGCGGACAAAGGAGAUCCAUUUCCUAGAGAUGUUUCUCCCUCUCUUGCAAUGGCGGACCAUGAACUCAAGAUGAGGCUGCUCGAUCUUGAAAACAGAGUUGCACUGGCUCAACGUCUCUUCCCUACGGAAGCACAAGUUGCAAUGAAUAUCGCCCAAGUGAAGGGAACAUCCGAGUUCACUGUGUCUAGCCUCGACCCUGACUAUCUCGUUGGUGCAAAGAGAACAUCACCUUUUAAAAUCCUAGAAGAGCAUCAAAGCAGAUUAAAAGCGCUUUCUAAAACUGUGGAACUGGGGAAACGCUUCUUCCCACGAUGUUCGGCAGUACUUGAUCAGAUUAUGGACUGUGACGAUUUGACUCAGCUGGCUUGCGGAGAAGGCGACACUCCUGAGAAAAGACUACAAAAGAAGCAGAGGUACAUGGAAAUACAGGAGACUGUGAAGAAGGCCUUUACUGAGGACAAGGAGGAACAUGGUAAUUCCUCUCUCUCAGCUUCUUCUUCUUCCACGUUCAAAUCAAUAGCUAGAAAGAGGUCUAAACUCUACCAUCGGCGUCGCUGAGACUCUUGGGGUAAUUUUUUCGAUGUACCAUAUAUUAUUCUGUUUUCAUGAUUGCUUACUGUCUAUAGUUACCGUCAUAUAGUUUUUUUUUUGGGGUCAAAGGCAUCAUAUAUUUUAUUCUUCAUAAACAUCCUGUAUUUUAGAUGCAGGUGUGUCGGAAAAAAAAAUGAUGUAACAUUUUGAACCAGAAUUAAGCAAAUUUGUGAUGUAUA